GUGCUCGCGGGCUCGCGAGUCGUGGAGGCUCGCGUCGCGGCCCGUUCGGCGCUUGCCGUUCAUAGUAUCGCGCGCGCCGUCGAAAAACGCACACCGCAGCCGGGCGCUCGCGUCCACGACUCGUUCGUUGACAUUGCGCAUCGCGCCGCAAAGAGAUCGCGCAUAGCUUCGCUCAGUUCGCUCGCAAGCACGCGUCGGUUUGCUUCGCGCACCCCCUGUAGAAUAGGACUCCUUCAGUGCGCGCGUCAACUACUCAGACUGCCCUAACAACCCCGAAACUUUGCAUUUCACUUCUCUCUCGACGGACUCGAAAGUUUCAGGCCACGACGCCCUUUCGAUAAUGCGGUCUCUGGAGAUGACGUCGUGGCGCGAGGAGGAGGAAGAGGAGGAGGACGUGGAAGUGGAGGAUAUGGAGAUGAAGCAUGACGGAGACAUGUCCGAGUCGAGUAGCGACGAGGCAACAAGCCGUAAGCGACGAAAGCACGGCGGCAGCGCUAGCAGCGGCGGCGGCUCGUCGGGCGGUGGGUCAGCCACGCGUCGCAGGAAGACAUGCAUUAGCGCACGCGAACGGAAUCUGCGACGGCUGGAGAGCAAUGAGCGCGAGCGCAUGCGAAUGCAUUCCUUGAACGACGCGUUUGAACAAUUGCGUGAAGUGAUACCACACAUCAAGAUGGAGCGAAAACUGUCCAAAAUAGAAACGCUUACCCUUGCAAAAAACUAUAUAAUGGCGUUGACCAACGUCAUAUGUGAGAUGCGUGGGGCCGAGAAGCACUACACAUUUCAAGAUGCCGAGGGUGAAAGCACCGUAGAUCUACCCGAUGGCCAAACGGAGCGAGCGCCGACCAUCGGGCCGGGCGUCCUGCGCGAGCCCAACAACAACUCGAUGUUCCAGCAGAAUCUAGAGCUGCAGGUUGUGGACGCAACGCUGAUGGCCACCCGCUGAACACCUCUGAACUCACACACUCUUUAGUUUCGUUCCAAACAUGACUUAUAUUAAGUUGUCUCCGACUGAGUGCGGAGUCUUCGGCCUGUUCUGUGCAACAAACACACACAUCACCUGACAACUGGCAACGUUUCAUUACUCUCGUAUCUACGAUCAUUUGUCUUGAUGGCCAUGGCACUAGUUGAAUUACCUUAAUGACGAGGCUUAGAUUAAUUUGUUUUUGUUAUAUAAAUCUAUAUGUAUACAUUGCGUUCGGCGACGGGCGCGCUUGCAGGACACGGACCUCAGCUCAAACCAACUCGCGCACGGAUGAUGGUGCUUCCCGAGAACGAGAACGGCGACCAUGCACAAACAUGAAUAUGUACAUAUUAUAUCAAAUUGUAAUGGUGUCCCUUCAAUUACUUAAUGUUAAACCUAGCCUAGCGCCGCGCUGCGGAUUAUUAUACUUAAUUAAUCAGUGUGCUGGAAGUUACCUGACGAAGAAGGCGAGAUGCGCGCGUUCUGCUGACUAACGGGUACUUGUUGAUCUACUCAUCCAAGCGUCGACUGCGUUUACCGUUAUUAUGUUAUGAUGUUAUUAUUGUUCUUUUCUCCAUUCGUGGGCUGAUUACUCGGCGUGCUCAAGAAGCCAUCCAUUUCCAUCGACUGUCGAUCGGUAGCCGUAGAAAUCACUUUCUGUUUCGUAUCUUAUUUAUUGAUGAACGCCAAGCGACGCACCGCUAUGAUGACCUGUUAUAGUAAUUUUAGUAUUUUGUAUAGAAUAUAGUUUAGCUUAUGUUAUGUUCAAAACAUAGUUUAUGUAUUAAGUCAAGUUCCAAAUGCAUAAUGUGAUAUCCUCAAUAUGUAAUUCGCUUCUAAAAUCUGCGCGCUCAUGACUAAAACCUGCGAUACCGCGCGAAAGGAAACCAAGCUGAAUUAUAUACUAAAAGAUUAGGUCAAUUUUUUUAUUUUAAAUCGAUGACCGAAAUAUAAAUAUAGCAUAUUCAUAUAUAUAUAUAUAUAUACUUCAAAUAAUUAAAUAUCUGUAAAAUAAGAGAAGAUAAUAUAUUUUAUGAUGGAUGGA